UAGCACCAUAAAAAAUGGCCUGGACUGGUGGUUUUGUUAACGAAUUCGGGACGCAAGAAAUGUGGCCAGACGGAACCCGAAUCCAGAGCCAUCCGCUCAGUGCUACGUAUGAUGUGAACAUUGCGCUUACACAGUUGAAAAAUAUCUCACCUCAUGCUGCAAAUACCAUUAUCACUGGAGUUGUAAUUGCAAAACAGCAGCCAAGAUCAGUUCCAAGCAAAACAGACCCAACCACUGACCGAGGUUUAUUGAGCUUCACUUUGAGGGAUUCCCCCACUGAUUUCAUCAAUGGUACAUGCUGGGGCUCUGAGUCAUACAUAUGUGAAUUAGCUACUAAAUUCAAGAUUGGAGAUAUAGUUGAGAUCCGAAAUCCUCAGAUCCAGAGCAAACAGAACACUGAGCAAGAAGAGAGGUACCGCCCCUGGACUCCAAGCCAGUACCAACUAACUCUGAGUGAGAAGUAUUCUACAUUGAGUCUGUAUGGAGGAUGGAAUGUGGAUGUUUACAGCACUCUUCAGCACAUCCCAAUACGAGAGAGUGAUAAUUAUUACACACUGGCUGAUGUGAUUGCAAAUGGGCAGGGCUUACAUGGCGACCAUAUCAAUGUCCUGGUACUGCUUAAAACUAUUGGGACCCCAAAAGACAUUGUCACAAAGACUGGCAAAAAGAUAAAACGGUGUGAAGUCAAAAUGUAUGAUGAGACGUGUCACGCAUUUCCACUCGUUAUAUGGGAUACAGAGAAUAUUGACUUAGUACAGCGGUGGAAGCCACAUGAAACAGUUGUGUUUGCCACGGACAUCAUGGUAAAAUUUGACAACUUCAGGUCCUGCAUGACAGGCACGGUUGGUUCCAAGACAAUAUUUAUAACCAACCCAGACACCUAUGAGGCUCAUUCGUUGUUUAAGUUUGGCCAGUCACGUGAUACAAAUGACGACCAAACAGAUGAGGACUCAGGCAGACUGGAGACUGACUUGUCCAGCAUCAAAGAGGUUUACAAAGUGGACCAGAUCAAGUACUUGGCUGUGGAAAGGCCAGAUGGGUCUAAUGGUGCUGAUUAUGGCAUCACUUAUGCCUUUCUAGCUGCAUUUGACAUUGACAGCACUUCACAAAACUGUAUCUCCAUGAGAUGUUCCAGCUGCAAGCGGCGUGUGGAAUCAACCAAUUUCAGCUGUAUUAAUCCAAACUGCCUGUCUUCUGUCUCUGGCCAACCAGAGACCACAAUGACCUUUGACAUCUUGACUGACUUCUCCGAUGCCACAGGCACACUAAAGGGAUGCUAUCUAGGAGGAACUUAUGCAGAAGAAAUGCUGCAAUGCACGGCUGGUGAGUUUCUGCACUACACAGAGCAACAGAAGACUGAUCUCAAGUGGAGGUUUCUACUGGAGAGAUGCAAAGUUUAUUUCAAGGUUUUUAGGUAUGGAGCAAAUAGCCCCCGACGAAUUGUACGCAUCCUAUCCUGCAACCCUGCUCAACCCACAGAGAUUUUACCACAUCUGUAGCAACAGACAGCUUUGUCAGACAAC